AUUUUCCACAUUUUCCGUCCAACCAAACAGACGAUCAGUUGUUACCUUCAAAGUUCGAAGAGCAAGCGGUUCUCAUCGCAAGAAGAUAUUAACACCCAAGCUGAAGACAACAGAAACAUGGCAUCACCAGCUCCGCCUCAAACUCGGAGCCCCGAACUCAGGCACGAUCCUGUCACUAACCGGUGGAUCGUUUUCUCACCCGCCCGAGCUAAACGACCGUCUGAUUUCAAAUCCAAAACCCCUGAAAACCCUAAUCCUAGCAACAAUACCUGCCCUUUCUGCAUUGGCAACGAGCAUGAGUGUGCCCCCGAAAUCUUCCGGUUUCCUCCCGACCCGGGAAACCCAGAAUGGAAGGUCCGGGUCAUCGAGAAUCUUUACCCGGCGUUGAGCAGAAACCUUGAUAACUCAUCUGAGCAAAGCCUUGGCUUGGAUUUUCCCGGUCGCAUGUUGAGCGGGUUUGGAUUCCAUGAUGUGGUGAUAGAGGUUCCAGUUCACUCUGUGCAGCUUCGCGAUAUGGAAACAAGAGAGAUUGGCGAUGUUUUGCUCGCGUAUAAGAAGAGGAUUGAGCAGAUUAUGAGCUUUGAAUCCAUCAAAUACGUUCAGGUGUUCAAGAAUCAUGGUGCUUCUGCUGGUGCCUCACUGAGUCACUCUCACAGUCAGAUAAUGGCCCUUCCCGUUAUACCUCCUUCUGUUUCUGCCCGACUUGAUGGUACAAAGGAAUACUUCGAUAAGACAGGGAAAUGUAGUCUAUGUGUAGUUCACACUGAAAAGCUUUUAAUUGAUGAAUCAACUCAUUUUUUCUCAAUUGUUCCGUUUGCUGCCACGUUUCCGUUUGAGAUAUGGAUCAUUCCCCGGGAUCAUAGUUCUCAUUUCCAUGAAUUAAAGUGUGAAAAGGCUGUUGAUCUUGCGGGUUUGCUAAAGCUCAUGCUUAAAAAAAUGUCUCUACAAUUGAAUAAUCCACCAUUCAAUUUCAUGAUCCAGACAGCUCCACUUCGGAUUAAAGAAUCACAGUUACCUUAUACUCACUGGUUUUUACAGAUAGUGCCACAAUUGACUGGUAUUGGAGGGUUUGAACUUGGAACUGGUUGUUACAUAAAUCCUGUAUUUCCUGAAGAUGCAGCAAAACUUCUGAGAGAAGUUGAUCUUCCAAAUGGGGGUUGAACCAACAACUCUUGAUUCCACCAGUUGCAUCCGAUGUCAAUGUAGAAUAAAUUGAAAACAUUUUUUUGUCAUGUUUUGCAACAGAAGUUUAGGCACAGUGAUUAAAAGAUUGCACCGUGGCGGAGCUUUCCCCUGCGUGGGGAUACCUUCUUUCCGGCGAGAGCAUCAGAAUAUUAGGAUAAAUGCAAGAUAGAGAAAAAUCUAAGUGGAGAAUACCUGAGCAUCAUUAAAAUCUGACCAUCAGUAUCUGAAUAGAAGGUGAAAUCUGUCGAAACAAUGUGGUAUACUGGUAUCUAUACAUUUUAUAAUCCCCCUUUCUCUUUUAA